ACAAAAAAAAACAAAAAUUGAUUUCGUAGCUAUUGCUGACAGGCUUAGCACCCUGCUGGAGAUGGCGUUGCAAAUAGCUCACAACAACCGCGAGCCACCGCAACCUGGAGGUCCCAUGGUCGAGGUGUACGUGCUUUUUGUCAACACAACCCAUCGGACACUCGACCUGUACUGGAUGUGUUUCCGCGACCAGGAGAACAUGUACCUAACACUGAAGCCCUUCGAGGAGGUGCGGGUGAAUACCUUCAACACGCACAGCUGGUUCUUUCGCGACUACUACACGGGCGAACGGAUGCAUGUGCGCUCCAGGCGCAUCUUUCAUCCGGUCCGGAUACGAGUGCCCAAGAAUCCCCAGCACCCCGACCAGCUAUGCGACGUCCGGAGCCAGGUGUUGAUCCACUUUCCUAUGCGAACGCUGCGAGAGAACUGCCUUUGGCUGAUCGCCCGCUGGCUGAUAAGGACGAGCAAUGCGCCGAGGAGAAUAAUCAACGGAUACCACAUCCCAACGACGCUGAAGCAACAGCUACUGUUGCUCCUCACCACCAUAGAGUCGUAUUCCCGUGUGGCAAGCACCAGACGUCGUCGUUAACGGAAGUGGGCUUUAAAGAUAGUUGUUUAGAUGGUUAAGUGGCCAAAAGCUGGCUGGGAGGGAAAUAAGGAAUGAGAGCCAAGCUUGAUUUCCAAAUAAUUUAAUAACUUUAAUUGAUGUUCAUCCUGGUUUCUUGAUUUAUCUUCUUUACUUAUGUACAGAUUGGCUUUCAAAGAGCUUUUACAGGUUGGACUUCUACAAUUGCAUUGAUUUUUUUAUCUUUAACAGAUUACUUAUACUUAUGUUCUAUGUAUAUAUUUUAUAUAUAAUCCUAUUGUGAAACAAGUGUGAAUAUUACAUAAAAAUAUGCGCAAUUUUCUAGAACUAGAUGCUUCAGAUGCAAAUACAUGUAAAUGGUAUGUCUGCAGUUAUUCAAAAUGUUUAUCUAUCGUGUGUUUUGCAAGCUUAAUUCUUAUAAGUCUGAAUCUGAAGUACAUAUAUGUAUAAUUCCUAACGAACAGAAACAAAACAAACAGAAGCACACUGGUGCAUUUAAAAUAAGUUUUUGAACAGAUUCUUCUUGAAUGUUAAGUCCACAGGACGAAGAUAAACACAAAUACAUACAUAUGGUUAAUCGA